GGACAUCAGAAAUGCCUUGUGAGCCUGGCUUUUCAGGGGAGUUAAGGUGUUAGAUCACUUGCAGUCAGUGAAUUCAGUGUACAGACUCUUCGAAGAAUCAUGCUUUUGAUUACUUCCUUUUUUAACUGCGUUACCUUUUCACAUUCCUGCAUGCAGUGCAGCUAACGUUCUUUUCUGCAUGAGCAACACAUCAGCUUCAGGUGUUUCUUUAAAUUGGAGAGGAAAACAAUUGGUCUUCAUCAGAUUUAGGAUGUAAAGAGAAGUAGAAACCAGAGCAUAGAGAAUAACAGUACCAUUGUACACACAUUACCCAACACUCCGGGUUUUUAUAGGCUUUUAAAUAUUGUGCUGGGCCAUGUUUUGUUUGCCCCAAGUUAUACGUAGACAUGGCAAGUAUAGUAUCUGUAGAUGUAUACAGCCUUUCCACCCAACUUCAAGUUUUCAAAAGAAAGUACAUUUUAACCUUUUCCUUGGGCUGCCAGCAACUUCUGUUGGUGUGGGAUGCGGAAUUAAAAAGUCUUGAUUUGUGUUACCAAAAAGAAUUGCAGUGGUUUCUAUCAAUUUUUGUAUGCUGUGUUUAUUGGAGAAAACUGGUAACUGUGAAUAGGAUGACAGCAUUUUUCAUACUACUUUGACAGUUUUUGGGUAUUUUCUUAAACCUUCAGAUUUGUAAUAAAGUUUCUUUUUUAUAAAAAGAAAUCUGUAUGCUCUUCUUCACUCCAGGUAUCAAUUGAAUUCAUUUUCUGGGCUGCUGGAAAUAUCUGUUACUCUCUUGAAUGUGUCCUUUGUAAGGAGCAAAGCAGAACCUCCUCAUACCAUCAUUGUCCUGUAAAAUACGUUGUUCUUCACUGGAUGCUCACUUUAACCAUCUCUUGCUGUCUUUGCUUGGCCAUUCUCAUGGUCUGGAAGUCAAUGCCUCUCUCACCCACUUGCUGGCUUUUCUGAAUUAGUUCAUCCCCAGAUACAUUGUAUGUAUUUUCACAAUAGGCCACCACAACUGAGAGUUCUUACAGGUUUGCAUCUCCAGAAAUGUGCUGGUUUCUGAUUGUCAGUUAGCGCGCGCGCACACACACACACACACACACACACACACACACACAUAAAAGCCCUGAGACAAUCUGUUGUUUUUUUAGUUUGUUUUUAAUUCUGUUUGGUUCCUUCUAAUUCCAGAUAUACAAGUGUUGGUUGGCUGAUGGUUAAAUGUGGUCUGAGUAAUUAGAAGGAAUGGGUGAGAUGCAGCAUUUUCCUGAUAGGACUGCCUGAGUUGGAUGAUAUCUAAUGCCUGUCAAGUAGGACAACAAAUGGGUGGUUUCCGUGAAUGGCAAACCAGCUGGGUCCUGUUCUCUGCUCUUACAUGGUGAAAGGAACGGUAGAAGUAGGUUCAUCAGCCUUGCUUCUGCAGAAUACAAAUUCAAAUGCAUUGGAAUUUUUAUCCUUCAUAAACAUAAUGGAAGGAGACUUGAGUCUUUUGCCCCACCAAACAGCUGUUCUUGUGCAACCUGUGCUGUGCGGGUGAGGCAGAGCUGUCUUUAACAGAAAGAAGUUGAUGCCAAAUUGUACGUGAGGGAGAUGUGCAAUGGUUUUGUCAUUCAGACAGAUGUGGAAGAAACUGUGGCAUCAGGUGUGUGAUGUAUCUGCAGCAGUGCCCUUGUAUUACACCAUCUUGCCAGCAGGGAUCUCUCUGUGCUUGUGCUUCAUGAACAUAACAUGCCUGUUCAUUUUCUUCCCUCUGUCCUACCCAUCCUUUGUCACUCUGUCAAGUCAGAACUCACUGAGCUUGCUGCUCCAGAAUGGCUUUAUCUGUUAAAUCAGGAGAGCAGCUUUCUUGCAAACCAAAGACCUGAUUCAUCCUCAUGCCUUCUGCAGAGCUCCAGACAACAAGUGGGUGUGUGAAGCAUGGAACUAAAGUAACGGCAACUUGGUCCUGCUUAGGCUGAACUGCAUGUGAAUUGUGAUAUGAGAACACCUAGAAAGUUGAGGUAGACAUUGGACCACAAGGGCUUAUUUUAAAUUAGGCUUGCAGUGUUAGUGUAAUAAUUUCACUCAGAGAUAGGAGUGUGGUGUUAUUUCUGACUCCUGUUUUGUGUCCAUCUGGCAUCUUUAUCUCACACAGCAACGUGUUCCUGGUGGGGCAAAGCAACAUAAAUCCAAAGAAAUCUGGUGUGUGGGGAAGAAAACUGAUAAGGGAAUGCUUAAUCUGCUCCCUUGAUGGUGUGAGGGGAUUGUUGCUGCUGUUCUUUCGGCAUGCUUUGCCCAAUAUUUUUGUCUCAGACCUUUCAUUUCUGAUAAAUUAAACUGUGAAACAUAAUAUGCUGAAAUGUUCUAUGUUUCUCCAUAUCCAUGUCUGCUUUCUUAGUUUUCUUUCAUUACACGUUUAGUUCAUGUAUUCUUAUAACUGGUAGGAUAAGUCCUUUUGCUCUGAGAUUGCGUGUUGUUAGUAUUGAUUGGGUAUAACUACCUUUGGCUGUAACUAAGCCACACACGAAAUAUUCCAAAUAUUUGUAAGUCAACCAUAUUCAUCGUUUGAUGUUGACAUGAAAAGGUAUGGUACCUUGGUGUGUGUGUGUGUGUGUGUGUGUGUCUUGUUUUCUUUCUGUCUUGAAAAUCCUUACUCUUUCCCACUACUUCCUGAUUAUCUUUGCUCUUUAUGGAAGUAGAUUUACGAAGGCAGCAGCAUCUCCAUGAUACUUCCACUCUAUUUAUCUUUGUUUCCAAAGGAGAGUCUCUUAGUCAUGGCACUUCCAUAGCACAUCCAGAGAAAAUUAAAUAGCAUCGAUUUUUCCUUUUUAAUGCCCGCUGUUUACUUAUUUUUUAUUCUAGAUGAUGAUGAAAUUCAUGUGCUCAGCUAAACUCAUUGAUAAAGGACAAACCUACCCCACCUGGGGCGAAGACCAGUCUGCUGUAACAUUAUAUGAUUUCUCCAAAAUCCUUCAUGUGCAGGCAAGAAAAAAAGGCUCUGAGCAGCUGUGUAUUCGCUCUCGUCACAGUGCUGUGCAUCAGCCAUGCAGUUACUGUGCCCAUCACUUGGAGCUGACAAGGCGUGUACUAAGUGAACCUGACAUUGCAAGCUAAGUAAGUCCAACUACAUGAUGAUUGAAGAUAAUAAAGAGAACAAAGACCAUGCGCCUGAAAGGGGAAGAACUGCCAUCAUUUUUUCCUUGAAGAAUGAAGUCGGAGGACUUGUAAAAGCUCUAAAACUCUUUCAGGAGAAGCAUGUGAACCUGGUGCACAUCGAGUCACGGAAAUCCAAGAGACGAAACUCGGAGUUUGAAAUCUUCGUCGACUGUGACAGUAAUAGGGAACAACUGAAUGAGAUCUUCCAGCUCCUCAAAUCCCACGUCAGCAUCGUCUCUAUGAACCCGACAGAGCAUUUCAAUGUGCAGGAGGAUGGUGACAUGGAGAAUAUUCCCUGGUAUCCAAAGAAGAUCUCAGAUUUGGAUAAGUGUGCAAACCGAGUGCUGAUGUACGGGUCUGAUUUGGAUGCUGACCACCCAGGUUUCAAAGACAAUGUCUAUCGUAAGAGGCGAAAGUAUUUUGCAGACCUGGCUAUGAACUACAAGCAUGGUGACCCAAUUCCCGAGAUUGAAUUCACAGAGGAGGAGAUCAAGACUUGGGGGACUGUAUACCGAGAGCUUAACAAGCUUUACCCAACUCAUGCCUGCAGAGAGUACCUUAAAAACUUGCCCUUGCUCACCAAAUACUGUGGGUACAGGGAAGACAAUAUCCCCCAGCUGGAAGACGUGUCCCGCUUCCUGAAAGAGCGCACAGGUUUCACCAUUCGCCCAGUCGCUGGCUAUCUGUCACCCAGAGACUUCUUGGCAGGAUUAGCAUUCAGAGUUUUUCACUGCACUCAGUAUGUUAGACACAGCUCGGACCCUCUCUACACACCAGAGCCUGAUACCUGCCAUGAGCUCCUAGGCCAUGUCCCUCUUUUGGCUGAACCCAGUUUUGCUCAGUUCUCCCAGGAAAUUGGUCUUGCAUCACUUGGGGCAUCAGACGAGGCUGUCCAAAAACUGGCAACAUGCUACUUUUUCACUGUAGAGUUUGGCCUGUGCAAGCAAGAGGGACAGCUUAGAGUUUAUGGGGCUGGCCUGCUCUCUUCUAUUAGUGAGCUCAAGCACUCGCUCUCUGGCAGUGCCAAAGUCAAGCCUUUUGAUCCAAAGGUCACCUGCAAGCAAGAAUGCCUGAUUACAACUUUCCAGGAGGUUUACUUUGUUUCUGAAAGUUUUGAAGAAGCAAAGGAAAAGAUGAGAGAGUUUGCAAAAACCAUCAAACGUCCAUUUGGCGUGAAGUACAAUCCGUAUACUCAGAGUGUGCAGAUCCUGAAAGACACCAAGAGCAUUGCCAGUGUGGUGAAUGAGCUACGUCAUGAGCUGGACAUUGUCAGCGAUGCCCUCAGCAAGAUGGGCAAGCAGCUGGAGGUUUAACAUUCCCAUCAUCUCUGUGGUGCACUCAGCAACUCUUUUCUUUUCUCCACUUGUCUCUUUCUAGGCAUGUAACGUCUUGUAUGCAGGACUUUCCUUUACUAAUGGAAGAGUGAGAGGUCCAUAAAGAUAAUCACUUUAACUCACUUUAACUUAUUUUUCUGUUUAAAGUCCCUUACAGAAUGUAUUUCCUGCACCUCCUUUCCUUGCGGAUAAACAAGUCCUGGAGUUGCCUUGGAGAAGCUAGCAGAGGAAGAGAGAAAUCACUAGGCUGGAGCAAAACUGUGGUCUGUGGAUCAGGGCUAGGAUCAGAUGCUUCAGAGAGUGGCUUAUGAGGCAAUUGUAGAAUACCUUGGCACAGGGACAUGUCUUUCUGAUGCCAGUAGUCUAUGCUGCUAAUUUUACAGUAGUGUAGACCUCAUAACGUAGAAGCUAUAGUAAUCAGUGCUUUAAGUCUGUGCUAUUAAGUUUAAAUAUUCAGAUUUAGAACUCGAAUGAUUACAGCUCAGGUACCAGGACACAAAUAUCUGGAAGUUCAUUAUGACAAAAUGGAGAGGUCAUAUCUCCCUUUCAUAGGGAUCGUUCUUGCUCCCAAAGAAUUGCAGCUGUACUGACUGGCAUGUUUCUAGUAAAAGGCAGAGGUACAGACCUGUUAUGUGAAAGCCUAACUCUGCUUAUUUCAAGAGUUUUUCUGUCACCUCAAAGAGUUUGGACUUUGUUGCUGUCCAUGGUAUUACACCUGAGGGAAGACACUAAGGAAAUAUCAUUUGCCUUUUUCCUCACUGAAUAAAUUUAGCCAGGAUUAUAGCAAGCCACCAGAUACUGACUUAGCACAAAGCCUAAAAACCAUUUCAAAAUUCAAGUCCUAUAUCCAAACUAGUUUCGCAGGACUAAGAAAAGCCCAGUGCUGAAGUAACACCAGAAUUUAAAAUAGGAGCCAAAGUUUGUAGUCUCGUAAACAUCCCAUUGAUUGCUCAGCCCCUUUAUUGACCUUGCAAACUGCAUGAAGAUGGAUUUAGCUUCUUCCUUGCUAGACCUGAACACCUGUAUUCCCCAUCAAGCAAAUAAAUGAAAGGUAGAAAUAUUUGAUAGAAAUCUCCAUCCCUGGAGGCGUUCAAGGCCAAGUUGGUUGCAGUCCUGGGCAUUCUGAUCUGGUGGCUGAUGACAACUGGGUGGUACCUUCCAACCCAAGCCAUUCUGUGACUGUGAUCUUGUGGCUAUAAGCACAAAUAUGUAUACUUUCAGCUAUGAGAUCUUAUUCUAAAGAGCUCUUUACAGAUGUUGGGGAGCAGCGUCUUGCUGAAUUGUCUGUAUAGCGUAGCAGCAAACUUGCCUGAUUUCAGGGCUGCAUAUUUCCAAGCAUCUUGUGUAGCUGUAUGGAGCUGUGCUGUCUGCUGUUGCUGCCAACCCUGUCUAUGAAGUUAAUUUAUGUAUGUAGAGGGUGCAAUAAAUUUGAAUGGAUGAUUUGUGAAGUGCAGGGUAUAUGUAAUAGCAUGCUAGAGCCUGGUUUUCUAUAUGUGGUUCUUAACAGAAAAUCCAGCUUGCAACUGUGGAUGUCACUGGAACAAUGAACUGGAAUCUUACAGUGAUCCAAGUCCUUUGGAAUUGGAAAGGACUUUCAAGGAGCUCUGUGCUUGGCACUCCCCUUGUUUCAUAUGCUUUCCCCUAGGCUGCAUCUGCUUUGUAAGCCAUCACUGGCCCUAUCUUUCCACAUCCAUUCACUAUUUAAGUCCAGUCUAGAUGAUUCUCCUGAGAGUUUAUUAAUCCACCGUUGCUAUUAUUUUUUUCUAAGAACGUUUUGGACAUGUAAGCUGUAGACCACGUGUUUAUGUUAAACUUUUAAAUAGAUGUUAGGAGCCUCCCCUUCCUGAAGAAGAAACCUUCUGCUUGGAGCAGUAAGGGAGGAUGUACUGUCUACUUCUGUGCUAACAUUUAACCUUCAGCUGCGUUUUAAAAUCGAUAGGGUCGUAAUGGUGUUGAAAUACGGGUUUGCGUUACUUGAAACCUUUGUGUGUGCUACAUUGUGACUGGCAGACCUCACACCUGCUGCCAUAGCACCGGGUACUGCCGGGGAAAAAAAAACAAACACAAAUGGUGUCUUUAUUUGCCUCGAUGUAACAAAACAUGGAAGUAAUCUGCUGACAGGAGUGUAAGGAAGGUGCUUUUUCACACUUAUUUUAGCUUCACACACCCAACCCUUCUGGCUAGGUAGAGCAUUCAUAAUUUACAUGUUUUAAACUGUCGUGAAGGCUUUAAAUGUCAAUUAAGUACACCUGUACCAUCCUGCUGGUAAUUGGUAGAAGCGGGUAAACCUUUCCUUCAGCAAUAAACACAAACCGCUCUGA